GAAUUUGCUCAUAAAAAUGUUCACUAUGAAAACAUUUGGAUUAUUUCUCUAAUGUGCUAUUUAUGUUGGGAUUUAUUUAUGACUUUCUUUUUGGAGCAAGACUAAUUCUUGCGUUUCGGUGGUUUCAUUUGAACUACUUAUUUAUUUAACCCAACAAAAUGUUAUUCCCUUUUUAACCCCAGAGUUGGGUUAUUUAUAACGAUGGAGUUUUAAGAGACAUUUUAAUCCAAAAACGGUCAAACUCUUUUUUUUAUCUCAUAAUUUUUUCAUUUCUACUUAAUGAAAGUUUGUUUUUCUUUUUGCUACCUAAUGGUUUCUGGAACCCCCCCCAUCCCCUGGAGACGUUUCCAGCUCAGCUCAGUGUGGACUCUGCAGGUCACGUGUUCAGUCUAAAGCGACCUCGAGGUCAGUUGGUGCCGGAAAUGAGACUUUAAGAGAAUAUUUUGCUGUAAUCCAACAUGACGUGUUGGCUUUUCGAAGCCCCGUUCUGGGCGCGUGAGGGUUUCCUACGCGCAUCCUGGAGUUUGGAGAAAAACGCGCGCGUGCUGCCCUGAACGGUGCGCGUUUCAAUCCGCGCGGCACUCCCUCGCCCUUUGACACACAUUGCAUUAAGCCACGAUGAGUUUGGAGCGCAGGCGCCAUGUGCUCUUCUUUAUCCAGCCCUAAAAGAGACAAACAUCCCGGUGACCAAUGGUAGCGCGCGCGCGCGCGCGCAGAGAUGCUGGCGGAGUCUGAGGGGAGGGGGCACUUUCGGUGGGUGGGACGAGCGGCGGUAUAGAAAGGGGGAUGCUGCAGCCCCGUCCCCUUCAUAUCUCUCUCCACCCAGCCCUAGAAUAAAAAGCACCGGUGACGUGCGCGCAGGGAAGCACCCAGCAGUAUGUGCGCGCCCACGGGAGGGGCCGAUAGAAAAUGGCGAGUCUGUGCAAAAGGCAGCAAUGCACGAUAGAGAGGCGCGGCUUUCGGCAGGAACUUGACUCUUGGAGGCACAAACUCAUUCACUGUGUAGGCUUUGAAAGCAUCUUGGAGGGCUUGUUUGGGCCGAGAAUAGUCAAGGAUAUCACUCUGUUCCGAGACUGCGAGCCGGAGGAAGUGUCUGACUGGUCCUUCGAUGAAAACUGUCUCUUCUGCUGCUUAAGACGCGAGAAAAGCAAGGAGCACGGCGUGGAGAACGGCGCCGUCAGCCACGCACUGGUGGACUGUGAGGACUUCAAGCAGGAGCAGUCUCGGAUCAGCCGGCUGGAGAGACAGGCCCAAGACUUCCUCAAUGCUGUGUUCCACAGAAAAGACCUCCCAAGUUUCUCAGACCCUCACAUUCCUCUAGUGGCUCGCGAGAUCAUGCAGCGAAUGAUCCGCCAGUUUGCUGCCGAAUAUACCUCAAAAACUACUCAGGACGACCCGCCCCUGCCCAACGGCACCAUGAAGGACCAAAGCCUGCCGAGAGCGGUGUCUCUGGCCCCGGCCCCCAGCUCCCCGCCCGGGCCCACGCCUCGAUCCCCUCCAUCGUCCGCCUCCUCCUCGCCGUCCCCGACCCCGGGACCGGGCUUCGGCCCGGCCUGCGCCGUCGUCGCCUCCACGCCCUCCUGCACCCACAGCAGCAACGGCACGGGGGGAGGAGGAGGAGGGGCCGCCGCUGCCUCCGCACAGAACCCCGUCCUCAGCAAGCUCCUCAUGGCCGACCAGGACGGCCCGCUGGACCUCACCGUCAAAAAGAUCCCGGCGGAUCCGGAGCCCAGCCAGCAGGACGGCGUCCUGGACCUCUCCACCAAGAAGAACCACAGCGGGGGGAGCCCCAUCUCCCUACCCGGCUUCAGCCCUGCGCCCCCGCUCAAAGGGUGUUCGCUCAAAGCAGAGCAAACCCUGUCCGAGGUGGAGGAUGAAGACGGUCCGAUGCCAAGAACUCUGCAGGACAGACUCCGGGAGGGCUACGCCAACGCCAACUCCUUCAAGCCGCCGCUGGCCCGCUCUCUGCGCAUCAAGGAGGAGCUCAUCAGCCAAAAGCAUCGGCUGUUGAGCCAGCCCACGCCUCUGUCGUUGGCUAGCUUAGAGUCCGCCGGCUUGCUUAAUCACGGGCAGUCCCACUCGCUGCUCAGCCAGAAGAGCUCCGCCUCUUUCUGGGGGAACAAGGCCCAGCUGGAGAGCCUGAUGAAGCUAAAGCAGGCCAGCGGCGCUCUGAGUGACCUCAAAGACCUGCCUCCGUUCCUGGAGAACCACCACCACAACCACCACGGAGCCUUCUCCUUUAAGGGUACCCUUCACCAUCAAAGUCACAAUCAGGUCUCAAAGAGCCAACACCACAGUGAAGGCAAGAGAGAGCAGGGCCACUCCCCCCCCGUGGAUCUGAAGAUCCCCCAGGUCCGAGGAAUGGAUCUUUCCUGGGACUCCCAUUCCUCUGACCUGUACGGGUUCGGCGCCAUGGGCGUGGGGGGAGGGGCCCACGGCGAUAGCACCCUAAGCCGGAAGCUGAGAGCCAUUCUGCCGAAGCAGAACCGCCGCGGAGGAAGUCUUGGAAGCCUGCUGGACGGGUCGGGCGACUACUGGAGCUCCGAUUUGGACCACUCCAGUUCUGGACCGGCCUAUUCAAUCUCUGACGUGGAAGGGGACCCGAGCUCCAAGCAGCCAAGGAAAAAGAGGGGCCGCUACCGGCAGUACAACAGCGAGAUUUUGGAGGAAGCCAUAGCAGUCGUGAUGAGCGGGAAGAUGAGCGUGUCCAAGGCGCAGAACAUGUACGGGAUCCCGCACAGCACCCUGGAGUACAAGGUCAAGGAGCGCAUGGGAACCCUGAAAAACCCCCCAAAGAAGAAGCUCAAGCUGAUGAUGAAGAUGGAGGCAGGAAGCCAGGAUUUUCCCGCCGAGUCCGAGAACACGCCCACCACAACCCCGAGGGAAGACGGCCUGCCGCUAGCAGCUGCCGAGCUCAAGGACGAUGUCCAAGAGGACGACAGUUUCAAACCAAUCGACUAAACCAUUUACACGUGUCAACCUCAGUCACAUGACCUACGUCAGACGAAAAACGGAUGGGGCUUUCUUUGUGCCAUUUUACUUUGCAGUAUCCGGGUGAGCACAAAUGCAGGGAUAAUAGAGAGAAGGAGGCUUAAACAGACUGGAGAGGAUCAACCAAUCGGAGCGUUUUUAUGCAGCGUCACUGGAGGGAUGCUGAGCAAGCGUUUGUUUAGCUUUUCUAACCAGGAGCCCGACAAAUGCAACUGAAGACACUCAUUCAAAAUGACAAUGAAUUCAAUUUCCUUAAGCAUGCUGAUAAUCCCCCACCCGAAACCCCGGCCUCCCCUCUUCUCCGGACUUGAACCUCUGAUCCGCCGCUGCGUCUGAGCGCAGCCCGGGUUCUGGACAGAUUCGAUUUCAGGUCGAACAACUGAGGGGGGAGGCUUAAAAAAAAAGAAAAAAACAAGACAAACUGAUGAAUGGGUCCCUUUACCACACCCCCCCCCCUCUCUGGAAAGUUGUGAAGUGAACUGUCUUUUGCAUUGGAAGCUAACUCUAAGGUGAAACCAUACCAUUGAUAUUCCUCUGAAGGGUUCGGAGUCCAACCCAUUCUCUCUUAUUGCCAGGUAGCCAUGAUGCUUUAACUGCAAACCUUUUGUUUCCUCCUUGAAAAUCUUCUGCUAAUCUCUGUGUGGACGAAAGCAAGUUGACGCCGUCCUUUUCCGAACGAGAGAAGACACACAAAAGUCAUUCAGGGAUGCGUGUUUGUGAGUUUUGUGGACACUACUGACUUCUAGAAUCAACUUCUUUUCCUCUAUCUUUUGGUUUGAUUUGUUUUGCUUUCUUUUGCACUACACUUUGGGUCUGGCGCUUGCAGACCAGGUUACCUCGGCAUUGUUGCCCAUGCAUCAUGCACUUAUUAUGGUCUGUCUCUGAAGCCCCAACCUUGCAACAGGUCAUAGGUGCAUGUCGCCUGCGCUGGCUGAUUCAUACUCAGAUCCAGAACGUUCUGAAUUCACCCUCUGUUUUUUUUAUUUUUUGUUUUGCCAAGGGACAACUUGAAGGGUACUCUGAUUAUGGAUCAGCUGUUUUUAAGGCGGGAUGCUACCUCAUGGACCUGCAUCAGUCUGUCACUGCUGAUCCCGGAAAGGCGGAGCCACCUGCAGGUUGGUGACCAAAGUGAGCUCGACCCCCUGAUGGAGAUAUUUAUGGGAUGACGGCCUUUUCGGAUCAGAAUGUGCAACUGUGCUGCUAUCCAGCUUAUUAUCUAGCUCUUAAAAAAGGCUAUGGCUAGCCCAGGCUAAAGGAGUUUAGCUCGUCUUAGCUAAAUACAACAUAUUGCUGUUGUUUUGUUUUGCUUUUUUUAUUUUUGUUUUUUUAAGCUAAGCAGAAGCAGCUUAAUUUAUGAAUUUUAGAAGAAAUUCCUCCCCCUCCAAUCUUAGAGAUGGUUUCAAAGGCAGUUAUGUAUGAAACAGUGUGCAUUUAUUUUGAAGGGGUGUGGAGUUUUGGGUAGUAGUAUGCAGUGGGGAGGAUUAGUUAGUUGGGAGAGGCAGAUUUUAAUAUAUUUCAAGUUAUUAUGACUGAUGAUGUAAAAGCCAAUCCAUAGUUCUGGUUGUGUUUGCUCUCUCCUCAUUUUAACUCAGGGUAACUGAGACCGAUGAUGUGGGUUACAAAUGUGAUGAUUUCUUGUUGGACCUAAUAUAGGCAGGGAGGAGGACAGGCCACGCCUCCCGCUCCUGCUCUGUCUGUGGUGCAGACCAUGUGACCGUCCACAGACCUGCUAUCCAAUCUUGAAAAAAAAAGAACGGAAACCACCGGCGUUGGGUAAAUGAAAUGAACUGAAAUAGCACUUUUCUACCUAAGAGUUAGAGAAAAAUGGUUGUAGCUCUUCUCAGAGGCAGACGGAGCAAAGAGCGACGUGGAGGGCACGGAUUCAAAAAGCUUUAGUGUGUGAAACCUUUCCGAGAGCUGCAGCUUGGACCCAAACUCCUUCUUUUCUCCACCUAAUUACCUCUGCGCUAAAACGAAAAAAA